AUAAACCACCCAUUUCCCACUACACCAUACCAUUUCUAAAAAACUAAAACACCCAUAUCCCUCCCUUUCAUCUCCCCUACACAAAACAUCAAAAACAUUCAUUCUAAACAUUCAAGACUCAACCAUGUCUAUCAAAGAUUACAAAGAACCCUUCCACCGGCGAAACAACUCCGGUGAGCUAGACGUUUUUGAGGCAGACCGAUACUUUUCGGGCUCCAAUGACAAUUAUACCCUUCUAGCUAGUGCAAACUUGUCCCAAAAGAUGGCAAGUAGAGAUGAAAAAAGAGGGUAUUUAAGACAAGGAAGAGCUAGCUUAGAUAUCCCCUCUCCUAAAUACUAUUACCUCCAUCAAAACAAUCAUCCCAUUGUUGAAACUAAACAACAUCAUCAUCAACAACAACAAAAGACCCAAGAAAAGAAGAAAUUGAAGCAACCAAAUUCUCCUAGUGGGAAGAUUGCCCAAUUCUUAAACUCACUAUUUAACCAAACAAAUUCAAAGAAAAAUAAAAAGAAAUCAAUGAAAUCUUUAUCUUCAACACAAUCUAUGAAAGAUGAAGAUGAAAGUCCAAUUCGACGACGAAAAAGGAGUAGUAUAAGUCAUUUUUGGUCUACUAGUAGUGCAAUUGAUACAACAGGUUCAGGGUUUAGAACUCCUCCUCCUUACGAUCUUAAUCAUCAUCAUCAACCCAAUAUCCCAUUCGAAUACAGAAUCUGGUUGAAAGAAAGUGACAGACAAUCCAUACCCGUAUUCCCUUGGAAGAGAGUGUCAGAGGAUUGCACUAAAUCUGAUAAAGAUUUUAGGACAUUUUCUGAUAAUAAGGAUGUUUUAGGUACAUUAUCCAAGUACAAAAUACAAGAAAAUGGGAAUCCAAAUGUGAAUGGUAUUGGGUCUUAUAAGGAUCAUGACAAGAUUAAAAGUUCAAAGAAUUUAAAUCAUGGGUAUCAAAAGAAAACAGAGCAUAAGAAAAUUGUUCAUGAAGAAUAUGAUCAUGAUGGAGCUGAAAGUGAUUCAAGUUCUGAUCUUUUUGAGUUGAAGAUUGAUUAUGGAUUUGGGUUUUGUUCAAGUGGAUUGCCUGUUUAUGAAACUACUCAUAUGGACAACAUUAAGAGAUCUUCAUCAACUUCAUUCACUAAUGGGCCCAUUAAAGCUUGAAUUUAGUAGAUUUUUAAAAAAUAUUUAAUGAGAAUUUUAUCAAUCGCUACCAUUUUUAAUUUUUUUUUAUAAGUGGUGAGAAUUAAUCUUUUGUUACAGGAGUGAAAGGAGGAGCCUUCAAUUUUCAAUUUAGUGAGGAUUUAAGGUAGCCAUGCAAUGUACCUAAUGUUUAUGAGAAAGAUAAUUUAUGAAUUUCUUAUCCAAAUAUUUUGAAUGUUUUUUGUUUGUGUGUAAAGGAAAUUUGUAGCCAACAGAUUUUUUAAUUUUUUUUAAAAUUUUUUUUUUUUAUGCUUUACUGAAUCAAUUAUGUAUAAUGUUUUUUUGUUUGUCUUACCGGCCAUAUUUGUUUGUUGUGUCAUGGACCAAAUCUUAUAGUCUA